AUGCGUGUCCCAGACCUCAUCAGCACCUCCCAACCCGACGCCAACGCAACAUCGCGACGUACACGGCGACGUCAUGACAACACCAGCUCUUCACCGUCCUCAUCGGCCUCCGCAUCGCCGUCGCCAGAAGAUGCACCGCGACCACCAGCGAACAAGAGGCGCAAGACGACAACAGAAUCCGCUGGAGGAACUGCAUACGCGCGGAGAAAGCGCGCCGUGACCGCGUGCGAGUUCUGCCGUCUGCGCAAAACGAAGUGCGACAAUGCCCGGCCGGUGUACGGCUUCUGCCGCCGGCAACGCGCAACUUGUGUCUACGGUGACGAGGAAGAAGAGAACGGGGGUAAUGUUGCGAGAAAUCACGAGGAAGAUUCCAGUGCCGUGAUAUUGGAGCGGCUGGAUGAGAUUAAACAAUUGCUCCAGAGCUCACCGAGGGGCUUGGCGCCGACGGCCGCGUAUCCCGCGUAUCAGCCGGAACCCACUGCCGGCGCCGCCGUGCCAUCGCCGGGACACCAAGGUUUCGACGUAGAAGGGGCCUCUGACCGCGAUGAGACUUCGCGGACGCUUUAUUCUGCGCUGCGGUGCGAGUCGAUGCUCCGCUGGCCUGUGUUUGAUGGGCUUAUACCGGAGGAAGAUGCGCGGAUCGAGUCUUUUAUACUCGAGUUUGGUGCGGACCUGGAUGAUGCGCCAGCUGUCGAGGAGAGGAGAGGACCGUCGUCGACUUCAUACGGAGCAACUGCGGGAUCUGGGAUAAGGGAUGAUGCAUUCGUGCCGUUGUGCCAGAAGUUCCUGAUGCAUGUCCACCCGCGGAAUCCCAUCCUCGAAGGCAGGGAACUAGUAACCUACGCAAAGCGGGCGGCCGAACACGGUGUGGGAUGGGAUUCAGCCUCAUGCUUAGUGUUGCUCGCCUGCGCCUUGGCUUGCCUCACGACACCAUGGCUCCCACCCAUCGAAGACAGCCCUUUUAUGAUGACAGUCGCCUCGGAAGAUGUGGCAGAGAUGCCCCUUCCCGCGAUCAUAGAGCCGGAGGACUGCGGCGUGGCAGAUGCAUACUAUCUCGCCGCAUCAAAACGCAUCGGUCUACUCGGCCCGUCCAUUCUCGACAUACAAUGUCUAUUCCUGGCUUCCAUGUACGAAAAGUGUCGUCUACGCCCUCUGAGAGCGUGUUUCUACAUCCAGCAAGCGUCGACGCGUCUCCAAGCGCAUCUCCUCCGGAGAGGUAGACGGCCGUGGAGGGCAGCUAGUGGCAGGGAAGAGCCGACGCAGCCUCUCGAGCAGCGCGUCUUUUGGUCCUGCUUCAAAGCCGAAAACGAAAUCCUGCCCACCUUAGGCCUGAGAUCAAGCGGCCUCGAGGACUUCACCUAUCCAGACUCCUUCCCCGCCCCGCCGUCGACCCUCUCCUCGGCCAGGCCCGCCGCCGGCGACUACUACGCGUGGUCGCCCAUGUCCGACGACCAGCAGCGCGUCGAGGAGGAGCGCAGCUGGCUGUACUAUCUCGCCGAGAUCUCGCUUCGGCGCACCAUCAAAGACACCAUGGCGGUGCUGUACCGCAAGGGCGAGACGUACUGGCUGCAGAACGAGCAGCUCCUGGUGCGACAGUAUGACGAGUUCGAGAAGGAAAUUUCCCAGCUGCAUUCUCACCUGCCGCCCCUGAUUCAGUUCGACGAGCACCGCCACGCCGACAACGAGCUCGCGUUCUAUCUGCAGGGCAGGUUCCAGGGGUGGCGCGAGGCGACGCUGCGGCCGCUGCUAUACUGCGCGCUCCACGCUCCCGGGGAGGUCAGCGCCAGGGUUGUCGAGCUGGCGCAGAAGGCGGUGGAUACGUGCUCUGCCAUGAUUGUCAAGACCGCAUAUCACCAUCGCCACGGGGGCAGUUGGUUCGUGGCGAGGAGGGCGUUCUCCUGCGCAAUGAUAAUUCUUGCCGCGAGGCUGCGGGAUGGGCCCGUGAGGGCGCCGCCGAACUGGAGGGCAUUGGUCAGAGGAUGA